AUGUUUACCAAAUCUCGUUUUUCUUUCCCCCACAGUAAAUCCAUUAUCGGCCAUGGGAUAGAUGAGCAAGACAAGAAACAUACCUGGUUGGCAGAUGCAGAGGCAUGUGCUUCGAAUGGAGCAAUUGAAUGCGCUCGCGCCAUCUACGCUGUGGCUUUGAAUCAGUUUCCAAAGAAGAAGAGCAUUUGGCUUCGUGCUGCCUACUUCGAACGCAAUCACGGCACAAGGGAAACCCUGGAGGAACUUUUAGAUCAGGCUGUUAUUCACUGCCCUCAUGCGGAGAUUCUAUGGCUCAUGUCGGCGAAAUCCAAGUGGUUGGCUGGUGAUGUUCCGGCUGCAAGGUCCACAUUAGCUCGUGCCUUCGAGGCGAAUUCGAACUCUGAGGAGAUUUGGUUAGCUGCAGUGAAGCUGGAAUCUGAGAACUCUGAAUACGCUCGCGCUCGACGUCUUUUGGAGAAAGCUCGCACCUCAGCGCCAACUGCCCGUGUUUGGAUGAAGUCAGCGCGUCUUGAAUGGUGUCUAGGCGACCUAAAAACAGCAUCUGCCAUGCUGGAAGAGGGCUGCUCAAAGUACCCCAAUGCUCCC